AUGGCCAGACAAAUUCAGAGUGAUGAGACAGGACUGAGGUCAAGCUGGGAAGCCCAGUCAGUGGGUCGGGGAAACAGCUGGGCACAGUAUACCUACAGUGUAGCUCAGGGAAGAUGGUACUAUCGAAAGCAAGCAGUAAAGGAAUUACAUAGUACAUUGAUACGACUGCUUAAUGAACUGUUACCAUGGGAACUAAAGCUAAUGAAAGCUUUUCAAAGAAACAGGUCUCGACUGAAGAAAGACUAUGAUGACUUUCAAAGACAGCCAGAUCAUGAUAAAUUUACCAGAGAAUUAUGGAGUAAUGACAAAAGUGAGGGAGAUGCUGACAAAGACUCUUUUGAAGUAAUAACCAGUAAAUCUUCGGAGUCUGCAGAACAUGAGGAUGCUUCCAAAAAAGAUCAUCAUGAAAUGAAACUGUUAGAGGUGGUUUUACCUGCAGGGAAAAGCAGACUUCUAAAAAAAGAAUGGACUUCUAAAGAAAUACAUAAGACACUGACCAAAUCUGUUAAACGACAGUCCAAGCAGAACAGUUGUCUGGAUGAUAGCACAAAUGAACUUUCACCAAGGAAGAAAGCUAAGUUGAGCACAACUGAGGCUGUAGUCCAGAGUUCAGAAAGAGGCAUGCAGACAGAUAGUUGUUUGACUGAGCUGAAACAAUAUGAACAACCAGCUCCAGAAUCAUUUUCCCUGUCAGAUCCUGCAACAUCAGUAUCAAAUUUUCUGAAAGGGACCAAACCCAUCCAGGCCUUGCUUGCCAAGAGUAUUGGAAACAAAGUGACCUUAACAAAUCAACUGCUACCUCCCUUGGGCAUAAAUGUAUCUACUUCUGAAAAAACAGUUAUAUCACCUAUGGAAUCACUGCCAAUAAAACCAACAUUGCCUUGCCAGACCAGUUCAAGGAGUCCUUUACAAACAGCAUACAAAAUGCCAAGUAGCCAUUAUAUACCAAUAGACCUUCACAACAGGUCAGUGAAAAUUCAAAUGCAGCCUGUGAUUGACCCUAAAACUGGAGAAAAAGUCAUGCAACCUAAGAAUUUUCUUAUUCAGCAGAACAAAGGAAAAAUUAUAUCCAAGGACGUUCAAUCACUGAAACAAAAGUCUUCUGAACUGCACUGUACAACUUUCUCACAAGCAGCAAUUGUCAAUGUUUCUUUAACACCUGUCCUGGUAACACCAACUGCACAUGCUACCAAUCAACUGCCUAGUACAAUUUUUAACAAGAAUAUUAUGCAUCUGUCACAACUAACUAGUCCUGUGAACAGACUGCACCCAUUGCAUUCUAUAACCUCAACAAGUAACUCAUUAUCAUCAACAAUUACAAUGAGCCACAGUGAAACUGACCAAACCAAGAGUACAGUUUCAGCUGCCACAUUCCCUAUAUCUUUGGCUUUACCCACUGUUUCUACAGCUAGUCAGCCUUUUACAUCAGUAACAACAUUAAGUGGAUCUACAAAUACUACUUCUUCCUUUAAUAGUCUCACAUCACAGAAGAACAGUGACUCCUCUGAAGCUAAGCAAGAACUAAAAACAGUGUGUAUAAGAGAAUCACAGUCUAUAAUGGUAACAACACGAGGUGGGAACACAGGAAUUGUUAAAGUACAGACAAACCCAGACCAGAUUUCACCUAAUAGUUUAUCUCCUAGUUCAUUUUUUGCUUAUGCACCUCAACUUCAGACAUUUUUGGUGCCAAAAUCCACAGCAUUAUCAACCUCUACUCUUUCAUCUAUAGCAACAGCCACAUCUGGUUUUCCACUUUUUGGACAAUCAUCUGUUUCUGGGUUUGCCACCUCAACAGUUGCUUCUGUCAACAUUCCAGCUUUUCCUGCUGGUUUAAAUCAGAUAAAGGGGAAAAAUUUCAAAUGUACAUUAGGGCAGCCUCCUCGUGGGGGCAUUUUGGAUCAAAUAGAGAAAACGUGUCAUGUGUCCUCUCCUACUUUCUUGCCCCCCCUUUCAUCAACUAGCACUUUGAUGUCAGAAAUUCCAAGCAGUCCUGUUAAUGCAAUUAGUGUUGGACAGAAUAACACUGGCAUUACCCCAAAUUCUUCAAUAGAGCAACAAGGUAAUACUAAAAAACGUCCUCUUAUACAAUCUGAGACUAGUACAGCAAAAAAUGGAGAUGUAAUCAGUGGUACUCCAAUUCAAAAAGUUAUGUUAGUCACAAAUCCACCUAUUUUGUCUCCAUGUGGGGCUACAGGAGUCAAUAUUAUACCUUCUCCAGCAUCCACUGGUGUAAGUGCUCAGAAAUUAGUUUUCAUUAAUCCUCCACUUCCCAGUGAUGCAUCUAGUCUAGUUACAGAGUCAUCAAAACAGACCCUCCCUUCUUCCCUAAAGAAAACCUUUGUUGGUGCCACAGAGCAGCCACAGUUGGUUCUGAUUCCAUCUACAGUAGAAGUACCAAUAAAAAAAAAAUCAUCAUCUAAUGUGGCUCAAGUAAAAGAUGUGAAAAUUGGACUAAACAUAGGUCAGGCCUUUGUAAAUACCAAAGGCAACGAACAACAAGCUCCACCAAUUAAUAUAUUGCAAUCUGUCAUUUCUAAAGGAGAAAACAAAAAUAAGAUGGGCUUUACUUUAUGUUUGUCAAGCAGUGGUAGUUUGGUUCCAGUACGUUCAAGUUUUGCAAGUCAAAGUGUUACAUCAUUGAACGAAUCCAUAGGUAUUGUAACGAAAGCUGCAACUGCCUUUACAGUAACAGCAGCAAAUGCACAUUUGGAAUCUGUUUCAGUAACAUCAAGUGAGACUUCUGUUGGGACACAACCUACUGUCUUGAUUGGUGGAAACAACACUUCAAGAAUAAGGCCAGUUUUAGCUAAGCAACUGUGUACAUCGAAUAUUGGAAAUACUGUGGAUAUAUCAACUGGAGAAACAGGACAUCUUGCUUCAUCUGUGCUAGUUUCAACUACACAACCAACAGUAUCUCCUCAAAACUUAUCAUCUAUUUUACAAUUUCCAGCUGUUAGCCUGCCUGGAUCUGUAGCCACCUCCCCCAAAGUGAUACAUACAGUUCCUCACUUCACAGCAGUUCCAGCUCUCCCAUCACUUCCAAAAGACCAGCCACCCACAUUACUUCAGUUUCAGUCACCAGGAAUUUCAGCUGCUGUGACAACUAAUGCAGAUAAUCACAAAUCUCAAACUGUAUUGUCCUCUGCUUCACAAAAUACAGGUAAAGUCAUUAGUUUUCCCAACUUUUCUUCACUACAAUGCCAACAGAUGCCACCCAAUAUAGUGAAACAAAGUCAUACUUACACUUGUACUUCUGCUAUUCAGGUGGCUACAGCUUCACCCACUGUAAAAAGCCAGGAAGGAGAUCAAUUGAAUGAACUUUGCAUGCAACAGAAAAUAAUUAUUAACACUUGUAUGCCUUUGGCACCUGGAACUGAGAUAAUGAUUAAUGGUACCCAUUUUAUUGUUCCAUCACAAGGCCUUGGACCUGGCAGCCAUGUUCUUCUCCUCUCUUCUAAUACAAAGCAGACUCCUCUUCCUUUAGCUAUUAACCAUGGUCAAGGGGCUCAAGGUGUACCAAUUGUUAAUCCUAUACCCCUGAAGAUUACCCUAGCACCAACUAAUUCAUUAAGCUGGCAAACAUCAAAACAUCCUUUGAAAAGCUCUACAAAAAUUGUGAACUCUUCAGGGUCUGCAAAUGCUUUACCCACUGUACAUGCAGUGCCCCAUAUAUUGAAUACUCCUGCUAGCGCAUGUGCACCACCAUCAACAACAACAUUGUCUACGUCUUCAGUGAUAAAACCUCCAGCUAAUGUUUUAGUUGCAACUUCUUUAAUUUCUGCCAUGCACCCUGGGAACUGUCAGUUAUCAAGGAAUACUUCAGUGUUUGACUUAGAUACAUCUAUCAAAAAACUAUUGGUCAGUCCAGAGGGAGCCAUUUUGAAUGCUAUCAAUACUUCAGCAUCAAAAGUUUCAACACUGCCUCCUGUUAUAGUGUCCACAAGCAGAAAUCCUAUUACUAUCUUUCCUCCUUUUCGAUCAUCUUGCCUAGAUAAACCUGACAAAGCUGCAUCCUGAAUUUAGAGAAAAUGAGCCACUUUGAAAUGUUGGGGACUUUGAAAGUGGUUGUUAUAAUGUAAACCCUUUCUUAUUUUGUUUAAAACAUAGCUGAUUUCUUACAAAAUUAUUUUGUUAGAUCUUUUCUGUUUACCUGUGGGGCUUGAGAGAAGGAACAAUAUAUUCAGUUUCAGUCAGAGGUAUGCUUUCAGGGGGUUAAUAAAAUGGUCAGAAAUGACCAAACAAUUAAUAAAUAGCAAAAAUUUUAGUUUGAAGAAAGCUAGCUUUUUGCAUAUGUUCUAUCUUGCAAUGUGUGCUCUAUGGUAGUGGUCUUUAUGAUAGU